AUGGUAAAAAAGGAAAUAGUUGAGUUAAAACAGGAUCUAGUUCGCCUCCUAGAAAAGGAAUCUUCUGAGUCUAGAAGCCAGUCAGGAGCCGACCUUAAUUGUAUUCAGGAAGGUCUAAUCCCCACCAAGUACUAUCAGAAGUCUAAGGAAUCCUUAAGUACUGCUUCAGGUAAAUCCCUUCAGUUGAAUUACGAAAUCCCAAAAGCUCAUGUAGAUUAUGAUGGCGUCAUAUCCACCUACUUAGGAGAACAAGUCAAGUUUGAGUUUCUUUCUAAGCCUGAGAUACAUAAUCUGAGAGCCUUACAGAAACAGUUCGUCUCUAAGUCUAUCCAGGAAGAACAGGAAGAGUUGUUAAUAGACUUAAUAAGCCGAGUUGAAAACCCUGAGUUAAAAUCUGAAUAUUUGAAAAAAUUAAGAAAAGUCAUCAGUCAGGAAAGCCCGAGUUCUUCCAUCCCUCAACCGAUAAUUUUAAAUACUACCUUAGAAAAGUUUAAUAGAAAGAAAGAAGUUACCCUACAAGAUUUACAGUUAGAAGUAAAAAUGGUAAAAAAGGAAAUAGUUGAGUUAAAACAGGAUCUAGUUCGCCUCCUAGAAAAGGAAUCUUCUGAGUCUAGAAGCCAGUCAGGAGCCGACCUUAAUUGUAUUCAGGAAGGUCUAAUCCCCACCAAGUACUAUCAGAAGUCUAAGGAAUCCUUAAGUACUGCUUCAGGUAAAUCCCUUCAGUUGAAUUACGAAAUCCCAAAAGCUCAUGUAGAUUAUGAUGGCGUCAUAUCCACCUACUUAGGAGAACAAGUCAAGUUUGAGUUUCUUUCUAAGCCUGAGAUACAUAAUCUGAGAGCCUUACAGAAACAGUUCGUCUCUAAGUCUAUCCAGGUUAUUAGAAAAGUCAAACAGCUGAAUUUUCUGAAAGAAGAAAUUAAGUUUAAAAGAGUUGAACAACAAUUAAGUAAUGAGUCUUUACAGUUGCAAAUCCAACAAUUUGAAAAUAAGUUGAAGAAUGAAAUUUGUUCUGAUUUGCCUAAUGCUUUCUGGUAUAGGAAACAACACGUUGUCAAUCUCCCCUAUAUCAAAACCUUUAGUGAGAAAAAUAUUCCCACUAAAGCUAGGCCGAUCCAAAUGAGUCAAGAGAUAAUGGAAUUUUGUAAGAAAGAAAUCCAUGAGUUGCUUCAAAAGAAAAUGAUCCGUAAGAGUAAGUCUCCCUGGUCGUGUCCUGCUUUUUAUGUCCAGAAAAACGCUGAACUAGAAAGAGGAGUCCCCAUACUAGUUAUCAACUAUAAGCCCCUUAAUUCGGUCUUAGAAUGGAUUAGGUACCCCAUACCCAAUAAACGAGACCUAAUUAACAGAUUAGAAAAAUCAGUUGUCUAUUCUAAGUUUGAUAUGAAAAGUGGUUUCUGGCAAAUCCAAAUAGAUGAGUCAGAUAGGUAUAAGACUGCAUUUGUUACUCCUUUCGGUCAUUACGAAUGGAAUGUCAUGCCGUUUGGUUUAAAAAAUGCUCCUAGUGAAUUUCAAAACAUCAUGAAUAAAAUAUUCAAUCCUUAUAGUCAUUUUUCUAUUGUCUAUAUUGAUGAUGUUCUUAUCUUCUCUGAGUCUGUAAAACAACAUUGGAAACACUUGCAUAAGUUCCUCCAGAUUGUCAAACAGAAUGGUCUAGUUGUCUCAGCCAAGAAAAUCAAGUUGUUUCAAACCAACAUUCGAUUCCUUGGUUUCAAUAUAUGUCAGUCGCAAAUUUCUCCAAUUGAUCGAGUCAUCCAAUUUGCCGAUAAGUUUCCUGAUCAGAUCCUUGAUAAGAGUCAAUUACAGAGGUUUCUAAGAUCCCUCAACUAUGUUUCUGACUUCUACCAAAAUCUGAGAAAACAAUGUAAGCCCCUUUUUGAUAGGUUGCAGAGUAAUCCUCCACCAUGGUCAAACAUCCAUACAGAAGUUGUCAAACAGAUAAAAGCUCAUGUCAAGACUCUUCCCUGUCUUGGCAUACCUUCGGUUGAUUUCUUCAAAAUAGUUGAAACUGAUGCCUCUGACAUAGGAUAUGGUGGCAUUCUUAAGCAAAAAGCCUGUCCAAAUUCUCCAUAA